CCCAGAUGUUAGCCUACACGAGAAUGAUGUCAUUCGAUAUCUUAUACAUCGCAUUGUGCAUAAUUAUGACCGCGAGAACGUGGACGGGUCAAGUUUAAUUUUGGAGUGCUUUUUAGUACAUCUUGGGCGGUGGUACUGAAAGCUGACGUGAGACGCGCAGCCCAGCCCCUUCUAUAAUAUGGAGUGGGAAAUAGGGCGAGGAGGGAUUUGAGCGGAGCCAUCCAGCGACUGAGGACGCACCAGGUUCAGACAGCAACUGCAUUACGCACCAAGAAUAUAUAGAACAGUACACUCUGGGCAGCUAACUUCAGACAUAUUGACAAAAUGUAUCGUAAAAAGUAUCUUCACUUACAUUGUAUCGAAAAACAAUGAGGAACAUUGUAACGAAUUGAGAUACAAUAUUGUGUGAUGGCUGUAUUCAAGAGACUCAAGAGACUUUGAAACAAAUUAUGCUUUUGUUAUCUGAAUAGGCAAAAACGUCUGACAAGCUACUGUCAAACGACCCAUGAAGACAUAUGAAGGCAUUUAUGCGCCCUACAGUUAAAUUUGAAAAUAGUCCAGCACUAGAAAAAGUGAUGAACUCGUCUGCUUCGGACAACCUAACCGAAUUUGCAUCAUGGUAUCUCAACAGAACGGAUGUCGAGGAGGAAAAUCAGAAACUUCUGUUCGGGAUUGGCAUGGACAACUUCAUUACGCUUUUAGUUUUCGGACUCAUCUUUACGCUUGGAGUGUUGGGAAACUCCAUGGUCAUCACGGUACUGGCACGUAGUAAACCCGGAAAACCACGGAGCACCACCAACAUAUUCAUCCUCAACCUUAGCAUCGCCGACCUGUCCUAUCUGCUUUUCUGCAUCCCUUUUCAGUCAACUAUUUACAUGAUGCCGACAUGGGUUCUAGGUGCCUUCAUCUGCAAGUUUAUUCAUUAUUUCUUCACCGUUUCCAUGCUGGUCAGUAUUUUCACCUUGUCCGCAAUGUCGGUGGACCGCUACAUUGCCAUUGUUCACUCCAGAAAGUCGUCCUACAUCCGCGUGUCAAAGCACGCUUUGAUCGGAGUGGUGGUCAUUUGGAUACUAUCUUUGGCCAUGGCGGCGCCAGUCGCGGUCAUACACAACAUAUACCAGAGAGACGAGAAUCACACUUAUUGCUGGGAAGUGUGGCCGGAUCAAAACCAAAAGAAAGUCUAUGUUGUGUGCACGUUUGUUUUUGGUUAUGUAUUGCCCCUGCUGCUGAUUUCGUUCUGUUACGCAAAGGUUUUAAAUCACCUGCACAAAAAACUCAAAAACAUGUCCAGAAAGUCAGAGGCAUCGAAAAAGAAGACUGCCCAGACGGUUCUUGUAGUGGUGGUGGUGUUCUGCCUGUCAUGGCUCCCCCACCAUGUGGUCCACCUGUGGGUGGAGUUUGGCAACUUCCCCUUGACCCAGUGGUCCUUCUUGUUCCGGGUGGCAGCCCACUGCCUAGCCUAUAGCAACUCCUCCGUCAACCCUGUCAUCUAUGCCUUCCUCUCGGAGAACUUCAGGAAGGCCUACAAGCAGGUGUUCAGGUGUCAGGUUACCAACUCCCCUCUCAAUGAACUCAAGGAGUUCCGCAGCAAGGUGGACAACACACCGCCCUCCACCAACUGCACCAACGUCUGAUUGGAGGUCACCGAGUGCCAGCUCAACUACGGCCAUGAUGAUUGGCUGUUUUCAAGGGUCCUCCUGAGACAUAAUGCUAUGUGGUUCCAUGUUUCGAUUCGGAAACGGUAUGAAGACAAUAUGAAGAAAACUGGAUUCCAUCGUCAAAAUGAUGCCACGCCAGACGAUGUGCCAUACUGGACGUGUGUAGUGAGCGUCUCUUUCUCUCUCUUUAUCUUGCUUCCUCUCUCUCGUUCUCUCUGUCAUUAUCACAGGAAGAUUGCAGAGUCUGACUCUCGGGAAAGGAGAGAAUGUGGACUUUGAUAUUUCACUGGCCAAUCUUAUUAUACAUCAAAACUGUGAAUGUUUGGUCAAUUGCCUUCUUACAUGUGCAUGUGCAUAUUGUUGGUCCUUUGUGAUGCUGUAUUGCUGCUCUCUUCAGUAGCAAUUGAAAUGAGUGUCUGUAAUAUAGCUUCACUCUACACAUUAAAGCCUGAUGUUACUGCUGUAUAUGUUACAUGGUAGCCUAUCAUGGAGUAGUUUUGAAUUGUCAAAACAUAUUAGCUAUUGCUCUAUUAGAUGUUGCCCAGAAUAUAAAAAAUGUAUACAGUGUAAUUAUGUCUUUAAAGUUGAAUACUGUUUGAAGAGAAAACAUUUUGUUGUUUGAAUGUAAUGGUCAAUUCUCUUGUUGUGAGUUGCCAACGUGUAUACAAGGGAAAUGUUGUCUGUAUAACCUAAACCUGUCUUGCCAUCUGUAAUAGACUUUGCAAUGAAAAUAAAAAACACGAGUUGGGAUUUUUAAUAACGCUAUUGUAUAAACUAUUUUAAAAAAUAUUCAAAUGUGUACUCAAUAUAAGCCUACUUUAUCUUAUUAAUUGAAUCGGUGUAUGAUAAUUGAAUCGGUGUAUGAUAAUUGAAUCGGUGUAUGGUAAUUGAAUCGGUGUAUGGUAAUUGAAUCGGUGUAUGGUAAUUGAAUCGGUGUAUGAUAUGCAAAGUCCAUGUUUUAUGGCGUAUUGUUUUGUCAUGACAUUGGCUUGUACAUUAGAGCUUGUACAGGUGCUGUAUGUGGUUCAAAGGCAUUGUGUGGGAUCUCGUUACCCUUUGACUUCCAUUUCUGCCCAUCAUUAGAGAGUAAACUAAAGAAAAAUCUUCAAAGAUCAGAGUGCCAAGAUUUUGUUUGUCUGUGGUAACCACUUACAAUCAGAAGUAGGCAGAAAAAAAACACACACAAUUAUUCUCACAAAAGCAUAUCCUGCCCCUUUUCACAGCUAACACCACAUCCAUGUUUGGUAGUUCAGUAUAUGUGAGAGAGAUUUGAAAAAAAAGUUACUUCUUCUCAUUUUAUGUGUCGAAAGCUAGCUAGUACUCUUUAAAUAUUUUGUUUGGUUAACAUAAGCCAAUCAGGGAUUGCCUACUCUAGAUAGAGAACAAUAAUGAACACAGUAAAAAACUAAAAACAUGGAAGAGACAGCACUUUGGUUAUUUCUAUCCAUGGUAUAGGAGAAAAGUCUCUCAUACGGAUUUGUAUAUAUUUGAGUACUGCCAUGGGAAACUCUCUUCGUGGUCAUUGUACGGUGCGUGGCUAUCUCCAUAGGGAGGCGCAGUUGCACACUCUUACUUAAGCGUAAACGAAUGUCAGUAAUGAACAUCUAGAAUGGGUAAGGUUUAGGCAUGCUAUGAAGUGGUUAGGGUAAGUGGUAGGCAGGGUAAGGCUAAGUUUAGGUAUGCUACUGUAGCAAGUGGCUACGGUAAGUGUUAGGGUAAGGUUGGAAAACAAGGACAUGCAUGGAGUGGAAACUGCUGGUACUCGCAGAUUACAAAUCCUGCAAUUUACAUUCGCCCACAAUCCCCAACCAAGCAACGUGACUCUUGUCACGUUCCCACUCACCACCACAUAAGGGCGUUACAAUUACACUCAGCUGCACGUAGAAUCGUUGGAACUACUAAUGAUUUGGAACUACUAAUUAUUUAUUUCACUUUGUAUUUACGGAUUAAUGCAACCCAGAGACUAUCAAGUGAUAAUCAUGUUAAAUUAUUCAUUUUUUAUCCCUCAUUACUCGUUAUCGGUGUGUUUUAAUGAAGACUCUCUUGAUGAAUUAAGACUCUUGAAUGAUUCUUUCGUUUCUGCUCCAGAACACUGUGAAUCAAAUAUUUGCUUUCUGGAAUAGAAUACACGUUCUACACAUAUCUAUCUGUAUUUGAAUUUCUAAAAUGUUUGGGAAAAUGUAAAACGCUUCUUUUUUGUUUUUGUUUUUGUGCCAUAUUAUGCUGACAAAAAUCUACACUUUAAUAUUAUGCCAAUGCAGUGCUUAUACAUGUUGAUAUCACAUUAAACUGUUGUGACAAGCAAUAUGUUUCCUCAUGAAAA